AUGGCACGUCGUGUGGAAGAUUUGAUGAACCACGAGAAAUUCAAACCUGGGACAGAAGAAGACUUGCACCUAUUUGUUAUGAACAUAUAUGCUUACUAUACAUCCAUAACACUAUUCCUCAAGAACUUCCUCGCUGCAAAUCCUAUGAAGAGCAUGUACGGUUUCACACUCAAUCGCAAGAAGCCAGGCAACUUCAGCCUCUGCUUCCUCGCCAACAAAAACUCGACUGUGCAAACCUGGCCAAUCCGGGUUACUCCUGAAGCAUACUAUCUAUUCGAUGCUUCCGCUAUCGGUGUCUCCGAGUUGUGCGAUGCCUUCAAAGUUCGCCAUCUUCACGAAUCGCAAACUCGGGCAGCCCAAGCACAAAAUGGCGGGAAAACCCCCUUUGGUGCGGGACAUGGUAGAACACCAGCCCGACCUAUUGGCGCUGCCACUCCUGGCCACGCAUCUGUACGACAUGUUGGCCGAACGCCCAACCCGGAUGGGCACAACCCCAUGGUACCCCAACCUCCAUAUGGUUCCAGCACUUACGGGUACCAGACUCCGAGCCACCGACCCCACCCCAACAUGCCGCCACCUGGCGGCCAGGGACCUCCUCGUCCUCCGAUGCAUGUACAGCAAAAUAACCCUGGUUCUGGUUGGGGGCAAGGAGGCUGGUAG